ACAGUAAGACAAUAUCGUCCGCAUACUCUCGACCUUGAAUAUGCGGACGAUAUUGGUGUAGUAUUAGUUAAACAGCUAACUUGAAGCCUAUCUCAGAAGGACAUUUUCUCAGCAUAACGCUGAGCUGCUUGCUUUGCAACAGCAUGUAAGACUUGAAUGGAAAGGCUGAAAAACUAUUUAAAGUUCCAUGUGCACGAACAACGUCAGGAAGGUGCUGUAACGAAUACACAUUGUAAACUAAGUUUUCAGACCCAUAACACCAUUCCUAUUCCUUACGAAAGUUUCGUAAGUCCAUUCUGACGGAUUCUACACCUGUAUCAUGUAAUUUAGGGUGUGCAAGCAGAUAAAUGGAUAACGCUAAACGCCGGAAAUUAAGAUACAAAAGUCGCAUUUAAAUGCGACAAAAACUCUAAAUUUCUCCAGGUUUAGGAUUUUUCCCCAGAAUUUUCUCAAAAUCGGGAGAUUCAGUUCAAGCUACUUUCGGGGUGGUGAAUUGUUGUGUUGGUUCAAGUCCCAAUGAAAAGGUGACGUGCUUGCUGAAGUUCUGUUCAGCCUUCUUACCUCAAAGUUUUUCACUCAUCUAAAAUAAAAGUUAGUUUUUCACCUGGUGUAAAGACUCACUUAUUGGAGUUGUGCAGAGCGUAGAAUAUUGUCCCUCAAUCUUUCAUCAUCCUCGAUGCUAGCAGAUCUUCGGAAACGUAUGUCGUUAUAUAGUCAAAUAUGUUGUGAACUGCUCUAAAUGUUGCUAGUAAUCCGGAAGAUUCUGUCAUGUUUGAAGUUGUUUAGCACUUUUCUGGAUUAUUCUACUAUACAUAAAACUGGUAACUACCUACUCCAAAGACUUAUAGACAACGAUUAGUUUUAUUUCUCGACGUAAUAGCUAUUAAUCUACUACUUUGGUGUUAAGGGUUAGCUAAUAGGUUUCCAAUUCAAAGAGGACACCAUAUUUUAAGUUCGUUGAAUAGGAAACUUUUUCAUGUGACUCAGUCUAGUCGUAUAGAGAUACAUGCUUCAGAUUUAUCAAUAAAUUAAGUAUAUGGUCCUUAUUAAAUAUUGCUGAACUAAAUGGCUUUUUGAGAACUGUCGUGGUUGAUUUCUUUUACUAUUAUUGUUAGAGAAUGAAAGUACUGCAAUAUAUUAUUGACCCUAUGUUUCUUAGCUGAUGACUUUUUGUUAUUAAGGCCAAGAGGAAGGAAGUUUUUAAUUUCGACACCUGUCAGAAAUUCCAAGUCUAACAACGACCCCCAAUCUCUGGACAAGUCAAAUAGACUUCACACAUUGUCAAUUAUUGAGCAAAGUACUUUAAACCAUUCAGGCAGUGCUGAAAAUAGGCAGACCUCAGGUUGCUUCUUUGGUCUACCAUUACGUGUAAAAGAGUUAUUUCAUGAACUUCGAGGUGUGACGAAAUUGUAUGACUGGCAAGUAGAGUGUCUGAAUUUAACAGCCGUAGCAAAUGGGUCUAACCUGGUGUAUAGUUUACCUACAAGUGGAGGGAAAACUUUAGUCGCAGAAAUUCUUAUGCUCAAAGAACUUCUGAUUUAUAAUAAAAGCGUGCUUUUUAUUCUACCAUUUGUAUCAAUAGUUCAAGAAAAGGUUCGAUCACUUACACCAAUGGGUCUAGAACUUGGAUUUUGGGUAGAGGAAUAUGCCGGUAGUCGUGGGCGAAUCCCUCCAGUUAAACGUAAUGGAUCAUAUUCUGUUUUGAUGGCUACCAUCGAGAAAGGGCAUACUAUCGUAAAUUCUUUGAUUGAUACAAAGAGAUUGGAUAGUCUGGGAUUAGUCAUUGUGGAUGAGCUGCAUAUGAUUGGUGAUGGUGGGCCUCGUGGUGCAUGCUUAGAAAUGAUCCUUACAAAGUUACGUUUAUCUUCUCCUACUACUCGGAUUAUUGGUAUGAGUGCAACCCUUCCCAACAUCUCUGAUUUGACCGACUAUCUAAGUGCAGAAUUAUAUGUCAGCAAUUUUCGUCCAGUCAAACUAAUUGAAUACGUAAAAGUUGGUGAUCAUCUAUAUGAGAUUACUUCUACGAAAACAUCGCAUUGUACAUCUGAAGGAAAUGAUUUCACUGAUAGACUUGUUCAUUGUCGUAUGGUAGAUUUCCAGUAUACAAAAAAGAUGCUUUCUAGAGAUCCGGACCACUUAGUUGCCCUAGUUGCAGAAACGUUACUUGGACAUUCAAUGAUUGAUUGGUGUUGUAACAGGUUAUUUCAUCCCUCAUUUACUCGAUCAUCUAAAGAAAGGUUUUCUUGUUUAGUAUUUUGUCCAACCAAAGUACAUUGUGAAAAUACAGCUAAAAUGUUAGCGGAACUCCUUCCUAUCACUGCUUGUUUUCCUCACUCAAAUGAUGAAGAUUAUAUAACCGAGAACAAUCUUGUUGAACAAAGAUCAAUAUUGUUAGACAAUUUACGUCUCGAUUAUACAAUUGAAAACAAAGAUUUAAAGGGAGGAGCUCAAACACAUUGCCCAGUUUUGGAAUAUACAGUUCCUAAAGGGAUAGCUUAUCAUCACAGUGGGUUGACGCAGGAAGAAAGGAGUGCACUAGAAACUGCCUAUAAUGAGGGAGUAAUCCGAGUGCUGUGUUGCACAUCUACAUUAGCUGCCGGUGUUAAUCUACCUGCUAGGAGAGUAAUCAUUCGCAAACCUUAUGUUGGGAGUUCUUUUUUGUCCAGUACUCAAUAUCAGCAAAUGGUUGGACGUGCUGGUCGUGCUGGUUUGGAUACUGUUGGUGAAAGUAUUACAAUAUUGCAACCAAAUGAACGACAAAAUUUUGCUCAUUUGUUAUCUGAUAUAUCAGACCCUGAUGACACUAAACCACGUAUUGGAACAACUGGUCUAUGUAGCAGCAGCUUAUUGUAUGAAAACGGAAAGGGUCUACGACAAUUUAUACUUUCACUUAUAGGUCUUGAAUUGGCCACAACUUACCCAGAUAUUAUUUGGUCAUGUGAAAAAACGUUAUUAGGUGUACAGUACCGAUUACAUCAACGCGGAGAUUUCGAUGACCUAGUUCGCACUGAAUUGAAUACGCUGAUUAAAAUGGAUCUAAUUGUGGUUGUGUCAAUUGAUGCAUAUCUCAGGAAAACAACUUCAGUUUCAGAAAAUAUUGAGUUGGAAAAAGCUCGAUUCCAGGCAACUAAAUUGGGUAGAGCAUCUGUAAAAGGUGGAAUCGAUACAGAUCGUAUUGGACCAUUAAUAUCAGAUUUUCGUAUAGCCGCAAGAGCAGUAAAUACAAGUGGUCCAUUACAUUUACUGUAUUUGAUUGCACCACCGGAUGUUGUUGAUACUAUACAAAUUGACUGGAGUCUUCUUUUUGAUCGUAUCAGUAUCAUGCCACAAAAUGAAGCUAAUUUAAUAAGUCUUUUGGGUUUUCCUGAAGGAUAUAUUUUGUGGAAAGCUACUGGCUAUCCUAUCAAACGAAAGUUAGAUGAACGACCUCUUCGUCGAUUGUACGUCGCUCUAGCUCUCGCCGAACUAUGGCAGAAUAGAUCAACAUUCCCAAUAUGGUAUGUAGCUGAACGAUACAAAUUUUCACGCGGUGCUCUUCAGUCCACUCUAACUUCAGCUGCAUCCUUGGCUAACUCAUUGGCUCAUGCACUAGCUAGUGAAUUUUCUACCGAUUCAGAACUAUGGGCAUUUGCACACCUACUUCCAGAAUUCGCCAAAAAGCUGGCUUAUUGUGUUUCUAGUGAAUUAUUUCCGCUGAUGGAAUUACCAGGAGUGAAAAGAGCCAGAGCCCGACAGUUGUAUAAUUUAGGCUACUGCACUUUGAAAGAUAUAGCGUGUGCUAACUCUUCUGAUUUAACCAGUCGCAUGGCUCCAUAUAUGUCUAAACGGGUUGCAAAUGAAAUAAUACAAGCAGCUCAAAUGUUAGUAUCAGAGAAAGCUGAUGCUCUUUUCCAGGAAGCUAACGAAAUGAUAUCUGGAGUUGGGACAAAAAGUUUGCUUUCUCAGAUGGCUGACUACUUGAAGUACAAACCAUUUUCUCCCAAAUUAGCUGGCUUAAGCAAUGUCAAUAAAUUAAAUUUGGUUCAUUUGGUGCUGAUUUUGAUGAAGACGAAGAUUUGUUUGAGUGAUAAUUAAAAAGAAUGCCUCAAUACUAACAUAUGUCUAAUGUCUAGUCUUCUUAUAACAAUGAAUAAUCUCUAAAUGCUCUCUGAAUGCCUAUUGUCUUUCAUAAUGCAAUUUAAUUUUUGGUUUGAAUUUUUUGUCAGAUUACUGAUUAUUAUUGUUCUUUUUAUUACAAAUGAAUGUGAUUUUCGAGG